AUGGCCCCGAGCCUCGUCGAUUCAACCCUUGGAGCUUGGGAGGUCGGUGUCAUGAUUAUGAUGUUUCUUUACGGCGUCCUUGCAUCCCAAACGUGGUCAUAUUACAACUCUGGAUCUGCUGGAGAUAGAUUUUUAGUCCGUAUCAUAGUACGUGUGUUCAUAUCAGCGACCGAAAGCUUGCACUCGAUCAUGAUCUGCGUAGCAAUCUACCAACACACGAUCACCAGCUUUGGGGAUAUCACUCAGAUCGACGUCCCGACUUGGACUGCGAACUCCACCUUUCCCAUUGCUAGGCUUACCAUUGGUAUUGCGUUCUUUGCUUGGCGCAUCUAUUGCAUUUCGCACCGAUGGAUUAUCACACUGGUAGCCUGGCUAGGAUCCCUGGUCCGUCUUGGUUCUUCGCUCGCCGUUGCAGUCGUAAGCACGGAAAUGGUCGAAGCAUCCAAAUUCAUCGAAAACUACAAGUGGUUGCCCAUAGUCUGUCUCGGUGUAGGCGCUAUGACGGACAUCCUCAUCACAUUAGCUUUGUGUUGGUUUUUAUGGAAGAGCCAGCCAAGAUUCCGCAGAUCGAAAAAGAUCGUCGACACCCUGAUUUUGUGGACAGUGGGUGCGUCAGACAUGUUUCCCUCAUCGUUGAGUUGA